GCGACAUGUCUGUUGCAAAAACGUUGAGUAUUCAUCAGGAUUAUGAGAUCCAGUAUCCAGUCCCAAUUACGGGUCCGGCCUUUACUUAUGCCCAAGGCUCUAUCGUCAAUAUUGUGAAGGAUGCCAACGCAUUAACGCCUCCUAGAGACCGCUUUAGCUCUUGUGGACACGAUUGCAUUAUGGACAUGCUACCGGUCGACCUGCUCCUUGAAGAUGAGACCCUCGAGUACGCUUAUAAUGAAACCAUAGUCCUCAAUAUGAUGGCUACUCAGACUCGCAUCCACGGCUCCAGGAUAACGGUCUUAAUUAUCACUUUUUAUCUGAUAUUAAAAUUGUGAUUGUUGCGGUAAAAUAGCUGUAUGAGCUUCGAGUGAUCAAAAUGGUAUGCAAAUAUGUAACGAUUAUUCAAAGAGAAAUCGCAGAGAUCCUGGCCUUUUUCAUCAUCUUUGGCGUAGGAAUUGCCACGUUCACAAUCGCUAUCCUUCAUGUGUUAAAAGCUUGCUCGGAAGAAACAUGCUCGCUACGCGAUCCAAACACAGGAUAUCCAACUCAGUUCUUUGGUGCUUUAACUUCAACGUUCUUUUUUAUGCUGGUCGGUUUGGACCUAUUAACAGCGAGUUGUCAAGCCAAGACUGGGGGUUCCAUGUUAUGAUGAUUUUCUGUUAUCUUUUCACCAACAUUGUUAUGAUGAAUGUUUUGAUCUCCCUGUUCAGUAUGACAUUCAUCAGGGGAGAUGACUGCUGGCGCCUGACUUGGAUCGAGUGCCGCCUCCGUUACAUCGAGUCAGCCGAAAAUAUGUCCUACUAUAUUGAAGGCUUUCGCGAUACACAUGACUGCUUCCCAAAAGAAAUCUAUCACACAGCUGAUCCGCUCAAAAUGGCCGCGUUCCAUGAAAAGAACCAUAAAAUUAAACCUGGCAUGGCCUUCCAAGGACUCUUCCCUAAGAAGGAUGAGCAACCUCACAAAAGGAAUAACAGCAGUGUCGACGACAAGAGUCAAAACAAUAAUAAUAAUAACAAACUCAAGGCCAUUCUCCAGAUAGAGAAUGCUAGAUUAAACGCGAAACAGUAUCAAGUCAAUCGCGAGACUAAGGCAGAUCUUUCAGCGAUUGUGGCUACCCUUGCAGGGAUGCAAAGGAGUAUCCAAGAUAUGCAUGAACUUGAGCAAGAGCGAGAGCGAGAGCGUGAACAUGGACGUGAACAUGAACGUGAACGAGAACCCUUGACUAAGCGUGAUCCAAGAGCAGCAGCAGCCUAUGUACGUGCUCAGGCACGUGACUUGAUGGAGCAUUGGAUCAGUGGACAACAACAGGGUGAGCAGCAACCCCAAUUUCAGCAACAACAGCAAGAUGAAAGAGCAGAUCAACGGCAGAAAGUAUCGGACGGAGACGAAGCUGCUAAUAAACAUAGUUUUGGCGCUACGUGAGCGCUUCCAUUAGCGUAUAAAACACAUUUGGGGAAUGCAUCCAAUAACAAAUUAAGAACACAGCUUUGA